UCUGGCUGCACUAGUCGAGUGUUGCCAGAAUCAGUGGAAAACCCUGAUGAAUUUUUUAAUUUUUUUAAUUUAGUAAACAAAUCAUUCAUAUAGUGUGCUAAGAAUAUCAAUCAAAUUAAAAACGCAACAAAAUCGAAAGCUUUAGCUUUGCCCAAUAUGAAUUGUUAAAGUGAGUGGAGUCAAAUACAGUGCCGUAUACCCAAAUUCAUUUCGCCAGGGGACUGAUUGCACAUUAAGACUUACUUUACCCCCCGUUCAGUCUACGUGCCUGUAAAUGAGUGAGAGUGGGCUGCACAAGUAUGCGUGCUGUGUGCGUGUGUGUAUGAAACAAUAAAUGAAAAAAUUAGUCAAAACAAUUUCAAUGUUCCUCCUUCUAUUUUCGGCAUCAGUUUUUUAAACAAAUAAAUUGCACAGUGGCUUCACCGUUUAGUUCUCAUUUAUUGCCAUCGUAAUGCCAUUGGCCAAAAAAAAAAGGUUAAGGUUAGGAAGUUAAGCUGGAACUUGAGCUGAAGAGAACGAGAAACGCAACAAUUCACCAAUCAACUCUAUCGAUCACGGCCAACAGAUUGACAGAAUAUUGCUGAGAAACGUCAACCGCAGCAGCACCACCAACCCCACAAAUCAAGAUGGCAAUACCACCGCCGCCGGGUCCACCGCCACCACCAGGACCGCCUCCACCACCAGUAAUGGGCGGGGGUGGAGCAAAAGGUGGUGCGGAUCCGAGAUCAGCUCUUCUUAGCUCCAUCCAAAAGGGUACAAAGCUGCGAAAGACAACAACUGUGGAUAAAAGUGGACCAUCAUUGGCUGGAAAAGUUUGUGGGGCAGAUGGAGCCGGAACGGUUGGAGGAGCAAAACGUGGCCUAAAUAAUAAUAAUAAUACCAGCAGUAGUAAUAAUAACACAAAUGGCAUUGGCAAUGGAGCACCAAAAUUGAGUGGUCUUUUCGAAGGUCUCUCCCAGAUGCCAAAACUGAAGCCCGUGAAUGGUUAUCGCGCAGCAGCCGCAACAACAACAACAACUACAUCAAAGCCCACAGCAACGAACUCAAUUCGAAGCAACAGCCCUCCCGCUGCUGUUGCCUCGGCUGCCAGCAAUGAACCCAUGGACUUCAGCACAGAGCUCACCAAGCAUUUAACACUGAAGCGUCAAAAGCAACAACAACAACAACAGCAACAACAACAAAGCACACAUAUCAAUGCAACGGAAGCAAAUUUAAAAACAAAUCGUGGACCACCACCGCAGCCGCCAAAGAGCGAUUCGAUAUUGGACCGCAUGAAUAUACCGCGUGCAGGAACAGCUUCCACUCCCACACCAUCAGCGGCGUUCGGUACGAAUUCCCAUGCCAAAUCUUCAUCGCCUACUCACUCGGAUAGCGGGAGCAACAGCAGUGGCAGUGUCAAGAGCAAGGCAGCCAAUUUGAAUAUCUCGUUAGGCAAUAAUUUUGUAAAUAAUUCGAUUGCAAAAUCGAAAUCAACAUCAGCCACAACAACGACCACAACAAUAAAAGGUGCAAGUUCAACAAUAAACUCAAGUCCAUCAACAACAACAUUAAACCAAAGUCGAACCUCAUCCACGGGAUCACUGCACAGUUUGGCGCCAAAUAAAUCAUCGUUAUUCGGUGUUAGUGGUGGUGGUGGUAGUGGUAAUAAUAAUGCACAAAAAUCAUCGCCGCCUCCGCCCAUGGCCUCGCCCACACCCACGCCUACGCCCACCCCGCAACAACAACAGCAACAAAAACCAAGCAUCAGCUUCGGCAAACCAAAUUUCGCCCCAAAGCCGCCAGGUCUGCAACAAUUGGCGCUAGCUAAUGGUCAACAACGUCCAAUGGUGACCCGUCACCACAGCAUGAAGUCGCCCAGAUCUCCGCCAGCAGUUGGAGGCGUCAAUGGACCUGUCUUUCCAACCCAACAACAUUUCGGCACCAUGCGGGCGCCCUUACAACAACAACAAUUUCAGUCAAGCGACUCCAUUAGCCAGAACAGUAUAGGAAGUAUGAGAUGUGCACCCGGUGUGCCAAAGUCACGGCCAUCGGUGAAACCUCCGCCACCGCCCACACCGGCUCGCAGCAUUUCCAAUUCAAAUCUGAGCACCAUAUCAUCGCCCUUCAGCGCUGUCAACACAACUUUGGUACAGAGUGUUGCGAUCAAUACACAGGCCCAGGUUUCAUCUCCACCCCCAUCCACAUCUAGCAGCACCAGCAGUGUGGCUGCCUUGCGUGAUCAAUUCCGAGUGACAAGUAAUGCAACACCUCCGCCGCUUCCAGCAACAUUGCCACCGCCACCGACAUCGAGCCCGAAGUCAUCUAUCAUGCGGGAUAAAGAUAAGAAGGUUGAGAACGUCAAACCGAUUGUAUUAAACGGAGGUCCCAUCAAUCCACCAGCACCACCUCCGCAUCGUACCUGUCCACCUCUUCCCCCGCAACGACAGUCGAGCAAUCAUGACAAAGUAAAGCUCUGGCUGUUCAAGAGACUGUUCGCAGUUAGGCAACGGACUGAACGCGCAAAAGAAGGCACCAGUCAAAUAAUCAAGUUGGUCAAAAUGUCGAUGCUCAAUCUCAACUUCAAACGCAACGCGGGUUCCCAGCAGGCACCAGUGCCGCCCCAGCGUCAUUCUUCUAUAAGGCCCAAUGCUCCAUUGACGCCACCUACGCACAUGGCGAACUCUUCUCAGUUAUUUGGUAGCAACAACGGAUUAGCCACUUCUGGGUCAUCAGCUGCUUGUGGAGCUUCAGUUGGUCGACUGGUUAUCGAUUUGGAGACAAAGUUUGGCAAACGUUUUCACAAUGUUACCGAAUUUCCCAAGCCGCCUCCUUUUUUAAACAUACAAAAAGUUUAUCCUAGUCGCACGCUUAAGGCAUCCAAUGCUAAUCUGGUGCCAAAUACAAGCAAUAACAACAAUAACAAUUCAUCGGCCGCCUCAAACAACAAUGUAAAUCGUAAUCCAGUGCUGCCAUUGAAACCCGCUUAUGCACCGCUUAAAAAACAUCGUGCACCUGCCCCACCGCCGCAAGCAGGUGUCGCCGCUGCAACCGUGUCUGUCAUAAGGCAGUCCAGUUUUCUAUAUGGCGGCAGUGCAGCGGCAAACAAUUCGGUGCCCAUUCGACCUCAGUCGCAGCCAGCAGACUCGGUUCCACGAAAUUCAACGGUCUAUUGAACAGAUGUACAAAAUAUAUAUUUGAUGCUUUGUA